CUCCAUGCACCCGCAGACUACGCGAUCCAGAACAAGCUCACCCCGUUCGUCUCAAUGCAGAACCAGCACAGCCUGAUCUACCGCGAGGAGGAGCGCGAGAUGUUCCCAACCCUCAAGAUGUUCGGAGUGGGCGCGAUCCCCUGGUCGCCCCUCGGCCGCGGCAUCCUCGCCCGCCCGCUCUCCGCACAGACGAAGCGUGGGGAGACCGACGCUUAUGCGGAACCGUACAAGAAGUGGGCGGGGACGUCUGACAUCGUCAACCGGGUCGAGGAAAUCUCGAAGAAGAAGGGCGCGAGCAUGGCGCAGGUCGCAACCGCGUGGAGCCUGGCGAAGGAUGGCGUCACCGCGCCGAUCGUCGGCACGACGAGCUUGAAGAAUCUCGAAGACAUCAUCGCUGCGGUGAACGUCGAGUUGACCGCGGAUGAGAUCAAAUACCUCGAGGAGCCCUACAAGCCGCUGGCGGUCCAUGGUUACAUGUGA